AUGAGCGUUGGUAUUGUAACACGUAUUGAUGAAUCUCAUUUUUAUGUUUGGGCAUUGGGACAUGGAUAUAAAGAAUUUAGAUGUAGAAAGGUUCCAGAAAAGGAGUUUAAGCAUGGCGAACUAAUCCAUUUUACUUUGCCAAAUGAAAAUUCUUUAACUUUGGACGCUACACGAUGUGAAAGGGCAAAUAGACAAUUAAAUGUUUUACCAAGUAAUCGUGUUUGGAAGGCAGAAUGCCUAAUUACUUUUGCUCCAAAAGAGUUUGAUGUACUCAAGAAUAUACAAGAACAAGUUCCGCGUUGCACAGCUUUGGGAUUUUCUGAUGAAUUUUGUUAUGUUGCCUGUUUUGCUCCUCCAAAUGCACAUCUUCAAGCUGGGGAUGUUUACCAAACUUAUGUUACUAGAAUUCCUCCUGAGCUCGAUGAGUGGAUACCUAAACUUGGAACUCCUUUUUGUACUGUUAAUAAAUUUACAAAAAUUUUUGAUAUAGAAAAGGCUCGGGAAUUGUUAAGCAAAGCGCCUUGGACAAAAAUUAUGGGUAUAGAACACAGUCGAAAAAAUUCUUCAAUAAGUGCUGAAAAAACUAUCCCAAAGAUGGUUCAUUCAACCUUAAAUUUGUUUGAUGAAGGUUCAAAUGAUGAGGAAGAUGCUCCUAUCAAACAAAAGGAACCUCCAACUAGUAAUAAGAAAAAUAUUUUUCGACUUGAUGAUGAUGAUGACGAUAAUGACUGCCAAAUAAUUAAUUCAAACAACAAAAAAAUUUUUGACAACAAUGAAAAUUCUGCUGCUACUACAAUUCCAGAGGAACCAAAACAAAAAAAUAAUUUUGAAACAACAACAAUUUUAAAAAAUCCAAUAACGAAAGAAGUUGUUGACUUAACUAGAGAUGAGGAAAAUUUGAAGGUGAAGGAAAAGGCUCGCCCUCAGAAUUUGGUGGAAGAUGAAGAGGAUAUGAUGAAAAUUUAUACUGGAUUAGUUGUUGAAGCAGACAAUUUUGGUUUAAUUUUAUGGAAUAAAACUCAUGAUUUGGUUAGAGCUCCAGGAUUGCCUUUAAUUGGAUUGGAUAAAAGGUGGCCAAUUUCAACAUGGGUAAAUUAUCGUGCCUUUCUCGAUGACACAAGUACUUCACAACAGCAACAAGGUGCUCAUGUCAAUCGUUGUCGUUAUACUGCCUAUGACAUUUUCACUUCGGAUGUUGAUCGUCAAGUGAUUUUUCGUAAAUCGGAAAAUACUAUUAGGAUGGAAUGUCAAAUUUAUGGACCUGUUCGUUAUGUUGGAGAUGACUUAAUGCUUGUAAAUGAACCUUUUUUGGGAAUUGUUUUAUGCGUAAAAGAUUUGAGAUUAGUACAAAGAUUGGAUUUAGGCUGGGCAGAUUAUGUGACGGCUUAUGUUACCUUCACAAAAGAAUAUCCCGAUUUAUGUCGUUGGAUAGCUUUAGCAAUUAAACCAAAUGUUGAUAGUGAUUGGGCUGAGCUUGAAAAGCCGUUAAUUACAAAACCAAUAGUUGAAGAAACUAUGGAAAAUUCAAAGGAAUCUGCUUCUAAAGAAAAAUAUUUUGAGGAAGAAAAUAAUGCGGGAUCUUCAGAAAAUGAUCAAGAAGUUGAACAAGCUAAAUGUUCGUCUUUCAAUGAAGGAAAUAUGAGUACCCGAAAGAGAUCUCAUCGUAUCCAUUCCAUCUCAACAGGAUUGUGUGAUUUUUCAAUAAAUUCAACACUUCCAUCUUCAAGCAUAUCACCAUUUACAAACAAUAAUACCAAUCAUAAUACAAAUAAUGAAAAUUCAAAUUUAUUAUUGUGGGAUGAAUAUGACGAGGAGGAAAUUCAUAUCGAGACAGAAAAUAAUGAGGGAAUAGAGGAGGAAGAGGAAAUUACAAAUAAAAAAUCUUCUUCCCCUCCUCCAAGACAAACACCCAAAUUAAUUGAAAUUGAUGAUCUUCGGGAGAAGGAAGGGGGUGGUUAUUGUGAUUACUUGAAGGAACGACAUUUGAUGAUUGAACAGGAGUUGAGAAGUUAUGCACCUAUGGUUUCGAAACAUGAUCGAGUGCGUGCUACAGGAAUAAUAGUUCAAAGAACAUUGCAUUAUGCAGUUAUUUAUGCUUCUGAUAUUGGAUUAGCUAUUGUAAUUGCUAAUUUAUUUCCAAGUUUACAACAAUAUGACACUUUAUGUAAUAUUGGCAAUUGGAUAACAGCAACAUUCGCUAAUGUAGCAAAUAAAUCGCUAAUAUUUAGCAAAAUGUGUUUACCUAAAUUUGAAAAAGCUGAUGGACAAAAAUAUCCAAAAACUAGAAUUUGUAAAGACGGGAAACUUCAGGUUUUAAUCAGCUGUGACAUCUCCCUAAAUAAUUUGUACGUCUACAAGGGCAUAGCCCGCAAAUCUGGAGGAUUGCGAGUUUUAGAUACUCCUUUUGCUCGAAUUUUGCUGAAUGAACGUUUUAUCUAUGAAAACAGACUUCCUGGCAAUCUAAUAAAUAUGUGGGUAACUUAUAUGGAAAAUUCAAGUGAACAUGGCCCGUUUUGGGAAAAUGAAAAUAAUUCAUUUACUUUAAAUAAUGACUCGGAUGAUGAAGAAUUUCUUUUUAAAGCCUUGGAUUUUGGUAAAAUUGGAUUGACACCUGAAGAGUUCUGUUCUCUUUUUAUACAUCAAGAAGGGAAGGAUGAGAGAAAUGUUGAAGAGAAUGAAGGUUUUAUUUUUUUAAUUUUUUGGGGGUUGAAAAAAUAA